UGCAGAUCACUGCGAGAACAACACACAUUUUAAUCAAUCGCCAAACAUGCUGAUCAGCGAAAUACAACGUUAUAAUACGAUUUACGCAUCUGUGUUCAGGAGCCAUAUAAGACAAGAAUUUGGCCGCGGUGCAAAGUAAUUUCAGCAGCUUAAACCAACUAAUGCUCAAAACAACCCGCAAAAGAAAUAAAGCUAAGGCACAUACCACAGUCACUGCCCGAUCUGGUCCGCCCGCCGCGUGUGGUCUAAAAUGUUCAGUGUUGGAACCGGAAGUUAGUAACGCACAACACCAUCACCGCCAUCACAACAACAACGGAUCUGCCCCGGAAGAUAUGCAGCAAUGGCAACCGCUAGCGAAGCAGAGAGAGCACAACUGCAUACCCCAGAACUGGAUGAAUUAAGUUCCGUUUUACAAGCAGGAUUGCAGAGGAACUUUGCAGAAGUGAAGGUCACUGUGGUCGAUUGUCCGGAUCUGACAAGGGAGCCUUUCAACUUUCCUGUUAAAGGCUUGUGCGGAAAUCCUCGCAUCACUGAUGUUGGUGGUGUCCCAUACCUUGUCCCUGUGGUUCAAAAGCACAAGGAAUAUGAUAUGAAUGUGAUUUCUAAGGAGCUUGAGCUACCAGGAGCGUUCAUUAUUGGUGCUGCAGCUGCUCCUUCUAGAAUUGUCGGGAUGAAUGCCGAGCUGAUACCUCAGGUUCUAACUGAAGGAAAAGGACAUCCCGGUGUUAAUAACAGCUACUAUGCCUCCAUCAACCCGAAAGAUGGCCAGUGUCUCCAAGAAAAAUAUUGUGACAAAUUCUCUGACUGCAAAUUUGGAUUGUUGGGCAAUCUCUAUGCUUGUGAAGGGAGACCAGGAAAGGUCAUUGAGGUUCAAGCCAAGCGGAGAACAGGAGAGAACAGCCUCGUGACUGCCUUGCGGAAGACACUUGAGGAUCAUUACAUCAAACAGAGCCUGGCUCUGGGUGGUGUGUUCAUCAUCCAGGAGGGAAAAGCUAAAAUCCAUAUUAUGCCACGAGAGUUCUCAGCCUGUCCUCUGAACACCAAUGAGGAUGUCAACAACUGGUUAAAACACUUUGAGGUCAGCGCGCCGCUCAUCUGCCAGUCUGUUCUGGUGUCCAGGGAUCCGGGUUUGGACCUACGAGUGGAGCACACCCACUGCUUCAGCCACCAUGGUGAAGGUGGCCACUACUACAUCGACACCACGCCAGACAGUGUGGAGUACCUGGGCUACUUCCUGCCAGCAGAGUUUGUCUUCCGCAUUGACAGGCCAAAGGAGACUCACGGAGUAGGGAGAGACUGAAAUCACUGAAUUCAUUGUUGAUGGAUGAUUGAUUUUAAGACUGUUGUACUGUUACUACCAUACUGUUUUCAAGAUGAAGAGUUUUGUGUCAUGCAUGUGAAACAUUGUAUGGAUGUAAAACUACACCAGCGUGAAAAUUCUUAUGCUAUGUACGUUGGCAUUUACUUGUCGAACACUAUCACUCAAACCAUAAUAAAGCAAAA